CCGCCGGUCCCAGGCCGGGGCGGGCCCUGCCGCCGCUUCCUCCGCGGGGCCGCUGCCUGCCGGGGCUCGCCAUGGGGCAGUGCCUGCCCUGCAUGGGGGACCCCGUCAAGGACGUGGUGGAGACUCCGGACCCGGAAAUAAAAAGAAGACAACUAGCAGAAGCUGCUGAAAAGAGGCAGAUGGAGGCUUCCUCUCGAGGUAUUAAGAAUGUGCAGUCUGUAGAGCAGAAGAAAAAGAAACAGGAGGAAAUAGAAAGAAGAAUGGCAGCUUCACGUCCUGGAGGAGAAGGAGGACUGAGAUGGCAGGUUGGAUAACAACACAGGACUUGUGAGGAGAAGAUGUUUGAUGUUUACUGCCAGUAACUGUCAGUUUCUGCAGCCCGGUGGCACUUACUCAUCAUGUGGCUUUUGCUGUUUACCUCUGAAGACUCAGCAGUACCUUGCCAUUGUGGGACAAUGGAUGUGGAAGCAGUCACAAAGAAACUUAAGAACUAAUUCUGAACACUAUGGUUUUGCCAGUUUCGUUUGUUUGUUUUCCAUGCAUGUUUUAUUGCUUCCGUGCCAAGACUUCCUGUCAGCUGGAAGUGGCCUCAUGUGUAGUCAGCCAAAAUGUGUGUACUGUCUGGUCAGUUGAUGUCUGUCUGUCUGUCUGUGUAUGACUGACCUGAGCAAGCUCAGGUGCCCACCUGUUGGUUUUGAUGCUUAUUUCAAGCUCCACAAUUAAGCUUUUCUCCAAGUCCUCAUGUAGAAAGUUUUUUUCACCUAUGUAUGUAUUUGAACAUGUGGAUGACAGCAUUUUUCUGUUUCCUAAUGACUUGCACUGCUUAGGAAUUUAGUGCCUUUUUGAAAAGAGAAAAAGUAGAGUCAUGGCAGGUCCGUACAAAUGGGAUAAUUUUGUCACUAGUAAAAGAAGAAAUAGAAACCUUUAUAAAUCCUCUGUACUUAGAUCAAGAAUGCCAUUUUAUUAUGCGUAUAAUAAUUGUUCUUGUUUUCUCAUGUGGGUUUCUUUUGAGUCUGUAAGUAUUUAUAAUGAAUACUGAGAGUUAAAACAUUAAAUUAAAAAUCCCGUUA